AUGAAGAAGUUUUUCGACUCCCGGAGAGAACAGGGCAGCUCUGUCCUAGGUUCGGGUUCCAGCGGCGGCGGGGGCUGCACGUCGGGCCUGGGCAGCGGCUACAUCGGGAGGGUCUUCGGCAUCGGGAGGCAGCAGGUCACCGUGGAUGAGGUGCUGGCAGAAGGUGGAUUUGCUAUCGUAUUUCUGGUGAGGACCAGCAAUGGAAUGAAAUGUGCCUUGAAACGCAUGUUUGUCAACAAUGAGCAUGAUCUCCAGGUGUGCAAGCGGGAAAUCCAGAUCAUGAGAGACCUGUCAGGGCACAAAAAUAUUGUGGGUUACAUCGACUCCAGUAUCAACAAUGUGAGUAGUGGCGAUGUCUGGGAAGUUCUCAUUCUGAUGGACUUUUGCAGAGGAGGCCAGGUGGUCAACUUGAUGAACCAGCGCCUACAGACGGGUUUCACAGAGAAUGAAGUGCUUCAGAUAUUCUGUGACACCUGUGAAGCUGUUGCCCGCCUGCAUCAGUGCAAAACUCCCAUCAUCCAUCGUGAUCUGAAGGUUGAAAAUAUCCUCCUGCAUGACCGAGGCCACUAUGUCCUGUGUGACUUUGGAAGUGCCACUAACAAGUUCCAGAAUCCUCAGGCUGAAGGAGUGAAUGCAGUGGAAGAUGAGAUUAAGAAAUACACAACGUUGUCCUAUCGCUCACCAGAAAUGGUCAACCUGUACAGUGGCAAAGUCAUCACUACGAAGGCAGACAUUUGGGCUCUUGGAUGCUUAUUGUAUAAAUUAUGUUACUUUACUUUGCCAUUUGGAGAAAGUCAGGUGGCAAUUUGUGAUGGAAACUUCACGAUUCCUGAUAAUUCUCGAUAUUCCCAAGACAUGCACUGCCUGAUUAGAUAUAUGUUGGAACCAGACCCCGACAAAAGGCCAGAUAUUUACCAAGUCUCCUACUUCUCAUUUAAACUACUCAAGAAAGAAUGCCCAGUUCCCAAUGUACAGAACUCUCCCAUUCCUGCAAAGCUUCCUGAACCAGUGAAAGCCAGUGAGGCAGCUGCAAAAAAGACCCAGCCAAAGGCCAGACUGACAGAUCCCAUUCCCACCACAGAGACUUCAAUUGCACCUCGUCAGAGACCUAAGGCUGGGCAGACUCAGCCAAACCCAGGAAUCCUUCCCAUUCAGCCUGCCCUGACACCUCGAAAGAGGGCCACUGUUCAGCCCCCACCACAGGUUGCAGGCUCCACCAGUCAGCCUGGCCUUUUACCUAGCGCCCCCCCAUCUAAAACACAGCCCGCAGCCAGCCAACCUCAGCCCAAGCAGUCGCAGGUUCCGCCCACUCCACAGCCACCUUCCUCGCAGGUCCAGGGUUUGCCCACCCAGGCCCAGGCCACUCCCCAGCACCAGCAGCAACUUUUCCUUAAGCAGCAGCAGCAGCAGCAGCAGCAGCAGCAACAGCAGCAACAGCAGCAGCAGCAGCAGCAACAACAACAACAGCAGCAGCAACAGCAACAACCGCAGCCGCAGCCACAGCCACAGCAACAGCCGCCCCAGCAGCCAGCGGGCACGUUUUACCAGCAACAGCCACAGCAGGCCCAGGCUCAGCAGUUUCAGGCAGCCCAACAACCAGCGAUUGCUCAGUUCCCUGUGGUGUCCCAAGGAAGUUGUCAGCAGCAGAUGAUUCAAAACUUCUACCAGCAGCACCAGCAGCAGCAGCAGCAGCAGAAGACCUCAGCGGCCGCAACACAGCAGCCCCAAGCACAGCCCACCACAGUCCCACAGCCCACUCCAGGCCAGGAGUCAGCGAUUCAAGCCCCAGUACUACAACAGCCAAAGGUUCAAACUACUCCACCCCCUGCUGUCCAAGGGCAGAAAUCUGGAUCUCUCACGCCUCCAUCAUCCCCGAAGACUCAGCGCACUGGGCACAGGCGGAUUCUCAGUGACGUAACUCACAGUGCAGUCUUUGGGGUACCUGCCAGCAAAUCCACCCAGCUGCUCCAGGCAGCUGCAGCUGAAGCCAGUCUCAAUAAGUCCAAGUCAGCAACCACCACUCCUUCGGGUUCCCCUCGGACCUCUCAGCAAAAUGUUUAUAAUCCAUCAGAGAGUUCUACGUGGAAUCCAUUUGAUGACGAUAAUUUCUCCAAACUGACAGCUGAAGAACUGCUAAAUAAGGACUUUGCCAAGCUGGGGGAAGGCAAACACUCUGAUAAGCUUGGUGGCUCAGCUGAGAGUUUGAUUCCUGGCUUUCAGACAACCCAAGGUGAUGCUUUUGCUCCUUCCUCAUUUCCUGCUGGAACUGCUGAAAAAAGGAAGGGUGGGCAGACUGUGGAUUCUAGCCUUCCACUUUUAAGCGUAUCUGAUCCUUUCAUUCCUCUUCAAGUACCUGAUGCACCAGAAAAACUAAUUGAGGGACUCAAAUCUCCUGAUACUUCUCUUCUGCUCCCCGACCUCUUGCCUAUGACAGAUCCUUUUGGUAGCACUUCCGAUGCUGUAAUCGAAAAAGCUGAUAUUGCUGUUGAGAGUCUCAUACCAGGACUGGAGCCUCCAGUGCCCCAGCGCCUCCCAUCUCAGACGGAAUCUGUGACCUCGAACCGGACAGAUUCUCUCACCGGGGAAGAUUCCCUGAUUGAUUGUUCUCUGCUUUCUAAUCCUACCACUGAUCUUCUGGAAGAGUUUGCCCCCAUAGCAAUCUCUGCUCCAGCCCAUCAAGCUGCAGAAGAUAGUAAUCUCAUCUCAGGUUUUGAUAUCCCUGAGGGCUCGGACAAGGUGGCAGAAGAUGAGUUUGAUCCUAUUCCUGUAUUGAUAACCAAAAACCCACAAGGUGGGCAUUCUAGAAACAGCAGUGGGAGCUCUGAGUCCAGUCUUCCCAACCUAGCCAGGUCUUUACUGCUGGUGGAUCAGCUCAUAGACCUGUAGCCUCACGUGACCCAGUAGCAGAUGCAGUUCUGUAACCUUCAUACCGUAAUACACAUUUUCAUUACGGAAUUAUCAGAAAAAAAUGAUUUAAAAAUCUGCAAAUAAGGGGCCCUCUAACCCUUAUCUCCUACCCCUUGCCUUCUCCUGUAGAAAUGAUAAGGAAAGAAAAUCACUAUGGCCCUCCAGAUAUUUCUUGGCCAGUCCUCCUGUUAGUUUACUGUGUUUUCCAUUACCCUUCUUCAAUAGCAUUAUCUUAAAUCAAGCGCUAGAUGCCAUGAGCUUCACCUCUGCUGGAAUCAACUCCACCAAAAGCUUAACUGUAACUAAAACUAGUGAAUUGACCAUUGUCUCAUUCUUGCUAGGAAUGGCCUCCCUAAUCAGUCCUGCCUACCCUAGUCUCCUUUGGCCAGAUGCUGAUGAAUGUAUUUCUCUGUUUUUGCUUAUAUCCUGUUGCAUUAUCAUCAGGACGUGGCUUCUUCAGUUGGUCUUAACUCUAGGCAGUAGCCUGGAGCUAGGUGGGUGGUUUAAGAGAGGGUAAAACGUGACUGAUGGUAUAUAUUUGAAAGGAGAAAUGGAGCCCAGCUGUAGCGAACCAAACUUUGACCUUGACUUAGCCAAGGGAUAUUACGCCCCAUGCAACCACCUGCCCAGCAUUCGUCCAGCAUUUUGGCUUCCAUUGAACUGUGAUUUCUCAGAUCUGGAGACAUGACUGCAAGUACUUGAGAUCCCUGGAUAAAAUGUGUAUAUUAUAUAAAUCCCAACUAUUGCCAUUCCUUUCAUGUUAACUACCCCAAGCUGGGAACUCAGAAUUAGACCAAAACAAGACAAUGGUGGUAAUAUGAUACCUUUUAUUAGAAGACUUUUCACUGGGGGUGGGGGGGUGGAUGGGAAAGGGGAAGGAAUUGUAGCAGAAACAGAUGUAUUUUUCUUGUGAUUUUUAUUUUGAAUCAAAUAUUGUAAAUUGUGUAUAAAUGAAGACGCUGAAUAGUUCUGUUUCCACUUGGCGUUUCAAGUCUGAUAUCAGGUGUCUGUACAGGGUUUUGAACUCUUUCCCUUGUAUAACUACACAACGAUCCUACAGUGUAACAUAUGGAAUCAUUUUGAGUAGACUUGUGUGUUGCUAUACGCUUUCAGCAGGUCCUUUGUCUUGUAGAAUAAGCAUGUUGUUUAUUUUCAGAUAAUUCGAAAUAAGUGUGCUGACAAACUAGGCCCAAUUUGACUGUGGCUACUUAACCUUUCUCGGAUGUUUGAAUUGAAAGCUGCAGCCAAUGAAAUUUGUCCACUGGUUUUCCUUGGCUUCUUAGAUUAAAAAAAUCAAACAGAGCAUAGUUCCUUAUUAAACUUAGUCUAUUGUUCAUAAAAUAAAUAAAGGACCCUGCACUGAUGUGACAAUA